AUGACUGCAUCCAACGUCCACGAAAUCACCCGCCGCCUUGACGCCCUGCCGACCCCUGGUCUGCUCAGCAUCAGCGGCCACUACUGGGGCCUCCUUGCCAAGACCGGUUUUGGCUGGGCUAUGGACUCGAUGGACACGUUUGUGUUCAUCUACCUCGGCCUAGCUCCUGGUGGAUGGGGCACGGACCUGGGCAUCUCCCCCACGAGCCAAGAAGCCGGCCUCCUGGGCUCGGCGGCCUUUGCCGGGUCUCUCUUUGGAUCGUUUCUGUUCGGCCAGUUGGCCGAUCUCUACGGCCGCAAGCCCAUGUUCAUGGUCACGCUGCUCGUGUUUAUGGCCGGCACCCUCCUCUGCGGCGUGUCUGACGGCUUUGCCACGUUGCUGGUGUUCCGGUUCCUGGCAGGGUUUGGCCUGGGCGGCGAGUUGCCCGUGGCGUCGGCGCUCGUGCAGGAGAUGGUCCCUACGUCCGUCCGCGGCCGCAUCAUCGUCAUCCUCGAGUCGUUUUGGGCCGUGGGGUGCAUGAUUGCCGUGCUGCUGUCCCAAGAAGCCGGCCUCCUGGGCUCGGCGGCCUUUGCCGGGUCUCUCUUUGGAUCGUUUCUGUUCGGCCAGUUGGCCGAUCUCUACGGCCGCAAGCCCAUGUUCAUGGUCACGCUGCUCGUGUUUAUGGCCGGCACCCUCCUCUGCGGCGUGUCUGACGGCUUUGCCACGUUGCUGGUGUUCCGGUUCCUGGCAGGGUUUGGCCUGGGCGGCGAGUUGCCCGUGGCGUCGGCGCUCGUGCAGGAGAUGGUCCCUACGUCCGUCCGCGGCCGCAUCAUCGUCAUCCUCGAGUCGUUUUGGGCCGUGGGGUGCAUGAUUGCCGUGCUGCUGUCGUUCGAACUGGUCAAAUACGUGAGCUGGCGCGUGAUCUUUUAUAUUUCGUCGAUUCCUGCCCUCUACGCGAUUGUCAUCCGACUGUACGUGCCCGAGUCCCCCAAGUGGCUGGCGUCCGUGGGCCGGAUGGACGAAGCGGAAGCCAUCGUCGGUCGCAUCGAAGCUGCGCACGGCGUCGUGGCCAACAAGGACGAUACCAAGGCUGACGUGGCAGCCCCAGAGCUGUCCAUUUGGACCAACUUGACGCAGUGGGAACGCGUGGGCAUGCUCUUCCAAGGCGAGUUCCUGUCCCGAACCAUCGUGCUGUGGACGGUCUGGACGGGUAUUUCGUUCUCGUACUUCUCCAUUUUCAUCUGGCUGCCCCUCUUGCGAGCGUCCGAGUACAACAUCAACCAGUCUACGUGGGAAAUGCUCUUCAUCGUGUUUUGGCAGCUACCGGGGUACUUUUCCGCGGCGUACGUUGUCGAGGUCUUUGGCCGCAAGUUGACGCUGUUUAUGUAUUUGAUUGGGUCGUUUGCGUCAGCGCUGGCAUUUGGUUACGUGGAAGCGUCGCAGUGGAACUUGCUCAUCACUGGCUCGCUCAUGUCGUGGUUCAUGCUUGGAGCGUGGGGAUCGCUGUAUGCAUUUACGCCUGAAAACUACCCCACCAACAUCCGAGCCAUGGGAUGUGCGUACCCUGGCGGAGUGUCCCGCGUCGGCGCCAUUGCAGGCUCGUACAUUGUGCCCAUCAUGCUGGGUGCUGGCUGGGGCAUCAAGACCAUCAUGUGGGUAGCUGGAGGCGUGCCUCUCAUCUUCAUCGCGCUGGUGUUGCUGGCAUUUGGCUAUGAAACUCGCGGUCAGGACUUGGAGUCAUGCCCUCGCGUUGAAGCCAUCUUGAAGGAAAAAGCCACCCACUAUGGCAUUGCCACUCCAUUGCAAUAAGAGCUAGUGUUGGCUUAGGGUAUAAUAUUGAUCGUUAGCAAUUCGAGAAUUGGAACUGUU